AUGGUUUCUUCGCAAGGAAAUGCUGAUCAAAAUGGUUCGUCUGAUAAAGAACAGAAGCAAGUGAGUCCUGAGACGGAGGUUGCACUGUCACAAGGGGUUGACGACGUAGCUAACAAUGAAUCAUCGGAUUCCGAUGUCAAUGCCAUGCCGAAUGAAUUGCCUCCAUCGCCGGACGCUUCACCGCUCAAGACACAUUCCCAGAGCCCCUGUACACCUUCUAAUGGAUUGCCUCUGUCGCAAUCUAGUCAGCGCACUUCCGCUAUAAUUCGUGAAAAGGUGACAUCAGAUGGCUUUAACUGGCGAAAGUAUGGCCAGAAGAGCCUCAAGGCAGAAGGAUUUAGAAGAUGCUAUUACAAAUGUUCGCAUUCAAACUGCAUGGCGAAAAAGAAAUUUGUGAUGUCACCCGAUGGAAACUUCGAAAAUUACACUUACGCCGGUCAGCAUAAUCAUCCUAAACCUCAAUUGAACACCGUACCAUCGGUUGAAUGUGUUCUUCCCGUUGUUGAACAAGGACCGCAACAAUCCUCUUUGGCUGACAUGGAAGGUCAAGACAAGUCAUCGGUUGAGUAUGAAUCUACGCCUCAACAGAUCAGUCCUUUACGUUGCUGCCCACCUUCAAAUGCUUCUGAAACUCAUGACUCAAAGCGACUGAAGAAAGACGAUAACAACACUCAUACCGUUGGAGUUGACGUGUCAACUGGUGAAUCUCGCUUGGUUGUUCAAACUCCAAGUGCAUCCGGAAUCGUAGAAGAUGGGUAUCGCUGGCGCAAAUACGGGCAAAAAAACGUUAAAGGGAAUGAAAAUCCAAGAAACUAUUAUCGAUGCACGUCUCCUGGAUGCCAUGUCAAAAAGCAUGUUGAAAAAUCCCCUGAGAAUCCAAUAAAUAUCGUAACUACCUAUGAGGGAGAACAUGAUCACGAACCCCCUACUGCAAGACGCGUGCAUUCCUUGUAA